AUGAUAGACCAGCAAGGCGAGACCGAGACCACGAAUACUCGCAUUUUGUCAGAGAGAUGUUUGGCAAUGACGAUCCAAGAUACGGGCUCCGUCCCCAAAGACACCCUUUGA